CCUACUCUCGUUCUUUCCUUUGUCACUUUAGCGGUGAAGGUGUAACAGUAAUCGGUCGUCCCGAAUCCGGGUUCAUCCGACACCCUCACCAACUCAAGCUGAACUGAGCUCAACUUCUACUGCAGCAUCAUGCCUCCCAAAUUCGACCCCAAUGAGACUAAAGUUGGUAUGUGUGGCAUUACUGUAAAAUGGUUUGUUUCAGAUGAGAUCCAAAAUGGAGUCGACUUCUGUCUGGCGCGUCCAUGCAGGGGCAGGCCUUUCAGCAAUGAGCUGAUGAAAUGUGUACAUGAGAUGCACAGGAGGAGAAGUUGGCGCCACCUCAGCGCUGGCCCCAAAGAUUGGACCCCUGGGUCUGUCUCCUAAGAAGGUUGGUGACGAUAUCGCCAAGGCCACCGGAGAUUGGAAGGGCCUGAGGAUAACUGUCAAGCUGACCAUUGUGAACAGGCAGGCAGCGAUCGAGGUGGUGCCCUCUGCUUCAGCGUUGAUCAUCAAGGCCCUGAAGGAGCCCCCUCGUGACAGGAAGAAGGUGAAGAACAUCAAGCACAGCGGCAGUGUGACCUUUGACGAGAUUGUGACAGUCGCCCGCACGAUGAGGCCCCGCUCCAUUGCCAGGGAGCUUUCUGGAACUAUCAAGGAGAUUCUGGGAACUGCCCAGUCUGUGGGUUGCACCAUCGAUGGCCGCCCUCCCCAUGAUGUCAUUGACGACAUCAACAGUGGCAAGGUGGAGUGCCCAUCUGAGUAAAGCAUCAAAUGGAGAAAUAAAUAAACAUGAAUAUUCAUUU